AUGGGGAACAUGGAAAAACUUGGUUUGAACCCGCGUCAGUACACUUGCAAUGACACAAGAAGAGCUAUAAACUUCGACACAUACUAUACAUGUGAAUGCCCAACCUCUUGGGAAGGACCUUAUUGUGAACAAGAUGUUGACGAGUGCGCAAGAGGUUUCUGUGAAGCUUGGAAAGUUUGUGAUAAUAAAAUAGGAAGUUAUGACUGCUACUGUAAAACAACGGACAUCAUCUGUAAACUGUCCUUGGAGGUUUGGGAAUUCGCACUUAUUGUUACCGCAAUUGGUGUUGUACUCCUGUUUGUAGCUGGCCUCUUAAUAUAUAGGAAAAUGAAACUAAAGAAAGAAGCUGUAGAUAACAAAAAGAUUCUGGGUCCGUCAAAUCGACGAUUCGCAAAAGUUUCACCUAUGUAUUCGGGUGAAGAUGAUGCAGAUCAUAUUUCCAAUGCACCUCCAAUGUCAGCAUUUAUUUCACAUAACUUACAUGCUGAUGUACACAAAGUAAACAUUGACGAAACUGAUAGUGACUUGACAGCAUCGGAGGAUGCUACUGUACAAGAGGAAGACUUGUAUAUCCGGGGAACGCUGACAGAGGAAGAUACUGCUGGGACGUCAAUACAACCUGUGUCCCCGAAAGACUUGGUAAUUGCUGAAUCGUCAAAAGAACCCGAGUCUCCGGAUGACUUGGAUUUUGAAGGGAUGUCAAAACAACCUGUAUGUAUGGAAGACUUGGACAUUGAGAGAACAUCAUUAUCAUCGAUAUCAGAAGAUGCUGCCUCAGAACAACAAAGUAACAUACUUUUUGUACAACCAGUACCAGAGUUCAACUUUUUUGAACUUGCAGCCGAACUGAAGCGAAAGAGGGAGGAAGUUGAGGCAAAUCCAAAGAGAAAGAAAGAAAUAAUGGAACAUCCUCCUCCAGAAUUAAAUCCAACUCAUGCAACCCCGAAAUUUCAAAAACGAAAAGCAGGACCAAAGUCAGAGCCCAGCUUUGCUAAAACGAAGAAGGCAAAAACAAACAAACAAAAACAGCUUGGGCAUACAAAUUCAGGGCAGGAUGCUAAUGAUGACACAGGUGGUGAAGCGGAGAGAAAAUCUUCUGUGAAACAUACACACUAAAUGAUUGACUUCAAUUUAUAAAACCAAUGUGCAGUGCUGUAUAAUACUCAUGUGCAGUGUUUAUAAUGAUCAUCGACAAGAAACAGAUAGGAAAUUGCCUGUGUUUUGUCUUUUAUUAAAUUCUUAUGAAGUUUCUUCGAGUGUUAUCUUACAAGUUCAAAAGUGUGUAGCUUUGUAUUUUGCAAACCAUUUAAACUGUUGAUAGAUUUUUGCUGGUAUGAUAUGGUUUAAUUAGAUUUGAAAGUAUAAAUUCACUCAGUAUAGAUAUAUGUAUUCUUAUAAGUUUAUGAAAUUGUGCAUACAAUCUAUAGCUAUGAAAUUUCCUUUUGUACAUUAUUUUCUUUUUUACUUUCUUAUACAUAUUUGUCUUAUUUUAUUGGUGGUAGGCUAAUGUUUGAAGUGUUUAUAAUGAUUUUCUAUUACAUAUCACAGUAUGGACAAAAACAGAUAGGAAAUCGCAUGUGUUUUGUCUUUUUAUUAAAUUCUUAUUGAGGUUUCUUGGAGUGUUAUCGUACAGUUCAAAAGUGUGAAGCUUUGUAUUUUGCAAACAAUUUAAACUAUUGAUAGCUUUUUGCUGGUAUGAUAUAGUUUAGAUUUGAAAGUAUAAAUUCACUCAGUAUAGGAAUGUAGCCCAGGGUUCUAUGAUAUCACAGUACUUAUCGUUUAUCUGAAAAUAUUCAAAUAUAGACAUCACACAUCAUUGAGAUCUUUCUUUUGUCUAAUAAGUGAACUUUUUCCUAAACUGUUUGUCAAAAAAUUAUUUUAAAAGAUCAAAUUAAAAUGACAUUUUUAAACUAUUUCCAAUGUCUGUCAUUUGGGUAAUUUCAGAGGAGGUUACUAUUUUAUCACGGUAAUUCCCCAAAAUGCAAGUAUAGAAGGAAACAUUGGUCAAAAUCUUCCAGUUAAGUUGUGAAAAACUUCCAACUGUUAACUUGCUAUAAAAUUCAAACUAUAUGAACAGACGCUAUGUCAGAAUAUAUGAUUAUAACAUAUUUUAAUUGACUAUAAAAACAAUUAAGGAAAAUAGAAGUCAAAUAUGAAGAUUUUAUAGAAUAGUUUUUCUUGCCUCGAAUACAUUCAUUAUUCACAAAAUUAGAUUUAUUGACAGAUGAAAAUAAAUUUAGUGUGCCAGUUUUAAAAACAUUAGCAUCAUCAUGUGUUGCUUUUACUAGCAGUCAUAGAAAAUGUAAAUACCGUGAUAUCAUAGAACCCGUGAAAUCAUAGGAAACGAGUAUAUAUAUAUAUUCUUAUAACUUAAUGAAAUUGUGCAAACAAUCUAUAGCUAUGAAAUUUCCUUUUGUGCAUUGUUUCCUUUUUUACUUUCAUGUAUCUUAUUUUAUUGGUGGAAGUUAAAUGUUUGU